AUGCCCAUUGCCCAAGAGCUUAUGAUAUCAUUGGAGCCCACGCUGCAGAACGGGCAGAUCAUUACCCCAGCGUCGUUAGCCUGCGAGCAUGAGAUACGAGCAUCGUCACCUUUUAUGCAUCCGCCUUCGGGACUGGAAAGCCAGCCGAGUGUGGCGGGAGUUGAGAAGGAAGGAAAAUGCGGUUCCGUGUGCCUAGAUGCUGCCCAAGUGUUCUUUCGGUGUUCUUCAGAUGUUGUUGCUGCCCCAUGGAUCUUCAGUCGGGGCUGCUCCCUUUCAGCCCUCGCAGUCGUCAAAAUUCCUUCCUCGUCGAACACUAGGAGGCCUGCCAACAUCCCCCUCCACACUCUCUCGUCGUCCUCGCGCCCUCGAGACUCCGACUCGGCUUAUCUUCUACACGACCACGACAAGAACAGCCCGCGGUCCUCCUUCUCCACCGCCACGCCAGAGUCUGACUUCUCUCUCUGGAGUGACACUGGCGAUCUAGUCGACCAGCUCGCUGACGAGGAGGACCCUCUUCGUGCUCGCCUGCGCGAAUCGCUCGACGGUGCUCUCCUCCCCAAGCACCGCCCUCAACAGAAGCGAGUCCGAUACCACUCACAGGACGACGCCAGGGAGAAGGCACUCAAACGUGAAGCCCUCCGGAAGGAGGACAUUGAAAUACCCGACCCAGGGCCUCGGACCAUCUCUCGCGGAGAGCAGAUCCUCGCUGCCAUCAUGGCUCCCAACGAUGGCCCCUCUCGUAUCCACGGGCUGCAUGGGAAGAAGCUGAUCUAUUUCACCAGCGUUUUUGUAUCAUUAGGCGUGUUUCUGUUUGGCUACGACCAGGGAGUCAUGUCCGGAAUCAUUACAGGAUCCGAUUUCAAGGAUUAUUUCAACCAGCCUACAAGUGCCGAAUUGGGUACCAUGGUCGCCAUUCUGGAGAUAGGAGCCUUCAUAUCCUCGUUACUAGUAGGAAGGAUCGGCGAUCUUUUAGGCCGUCGAAGAACCAUUCUAUACGGCUCCAUUAUCUUCGUAGUCGGGGGAGCUCUGCAGAGUUUUGCGGAUGGGAUGCCGAUGAUGCUUUUGGGGAGAAUUAUUGCCGGUCUUGGAGUUGGGACUCUUUCAACCAUUGUGCCAGUAUACCAGUCGGAGAUAUCGCCCCCUCACAACCGGGGGAAGCUGGCUUGCAUCGAAUUCACGGGGAACAUCACUGGAUAUGCCGCAAGUGUAUGGGUGGACUACUUCUGUAGCUAUAUCAAGGGCAAUUGGGCCUGGAGGGUUCCUCUGCUAAUGCAAUGUGUUAUGGGUGCCUUACUUGCGAGCGGCAGUCUGCUCAUCUGCGAGUCCCCCAGAUGGCUCCUAGAUAACGAUCAUGACGAGGAAGGCAUUGUGGUAAUUGCCAAUCUUUACGGGAAAGGAGACAUUCACAACCCAAAGGCACGCGAGGAGUAUCGUGAGAUUAAGAUGAAUGUGCUCCUGCAGCGCCAGGAGGGCGAGCGAUCAUACUCGGACAUGUUCAAGCGAUACUCCAAGCGUGUUUUCAUUGCCAUGUCCGCCCAGGCCCUGGCACAGCUCAACGGAAUCAACGUCAUCUCGUACUAUGCACCUCUCGUCUUCGAGGAAGCUGGCUGGUAUGGUCGUGGUGCCAUCCUUAUGACCGGCAUCAACGCUAUUACCUACCUACUAUCUACUAUCCCGCCCUGGUAUGUUGUCGAUACGCUAGGUCGACGCAAAAUUCUCCUCUCCGGAGCAGUUGCCAUGGUCAUAUCACUCUCUGCCAUAUCCUAUUUCAUAUAUCUCCAGGCAGACUGGACCCCAAAUCUUGUCGUUAUCUUUGUCAUGAUUUACAACGCAGCCUUUGGCGCAUCUUGGGGUCCGAUUCCGUGGCUGUAUCCACCAGAAAUCCUUCCACUUAGUAUUCGCGCCAAGGGAGCCAGCUUGAGUACCGCGACAAAUUGGGCAUUCAACUGGCUGGUUGGAGAGAUGACACCUAUUCUGCAAGAGCACAUAGGGUGGCGAUUGUACUUGAUACACGCUUUUUUCUGCGCUGUCAGCUUUGUUAUUGUCUGGUUUAUUUAUCCCGAAACUGCGAAUGUUCGCCUUGAAGACAUGAAUUCAUUAUUUGGAGACGCGACGUCAGUCAUGCCCACCCCAGCCACCCUGGCCGAAGCGGAAUCCCUGUUCAGCGGGCAUGGGUCUCCUGUUCCUUCGCUGGAUAUCCGAUCGGGACAACAUGGAGCAGACAGUGCCAUUCCCGGGCUCAACAUCAACCCUCCUGAUGAUGUGGAGGGUCAGGACGGGAAGUCACUGCACAGAAAAGAGUCGGAUGCCAAAGAGGGCAUCGGUGGGUGGAUUUCAAACAUCAUAAAAGGAAGCAAAAGCAACGGCGAGGGUGAUAGUUCGAGUGGUAAAUACAAACAGGUAGGUCAAGAGGAUGACGAAGAAUGAGGCAGAGACAGAGGCGUCUGGUGUUUACAUUUCCUGCCAUGUCUCCAUGUCGUCUAACCUGGAGUUGGCAAAGAUAUCAAGCGCUUGAGCAGCGCAGCAGGAUCAUUAUAUGAAUAUUCCCAGUGGCAUGCAAGGACCGGUUCGGUAGAGGGCGUAAAGCGUGAAUGAAGCGACUCGGCGAGAUGAAGCCAGCUCGCUCUUUGGAUGUAUUCGUACUUGAAAUUUAAUGGGGCUCUGGCAUUCAUGGCUCUGGGAGGAUAGGAUUAUGUAGAGAGG